UCAUGUUUUAUGAUUUGGACAGAAGAAAUUCGCGGGAACAUCUGUCAUUAAAUUUCAUAAUGGUGCCGAUGGCAUGGUUAACCUCAGUGCUGACAUUUGGUGGGGUUGUCGUAAUGGCUGCAGCGAGACCAAAUACUAUUGGUGGUGUGACAGCAAUAUCUCCUUUCAACUCCUCGACGUCUUCACUUUUAACCAGCAUUUCUACAACAAUGCAAAAUGAUUCGAAGCAUCAGCAAAUCAAUUGUUCGAACACCAAAUCUGUUGAGGAAAUUUUCAGUUGUAUUUUGCAAGGAAUGCUGAGUGAACCCGUUCUGAUCGGGGCGGGAAUCAUCAUUUUGCUCACAGCACUGUUCGUUAUUUUUAGUAUGGUACAGAGUAAACCAUGCAGAAAUGGAUGGAAAACUGUUGAUUUAAAUAUGGACGAGGAGAAGAAGAUGAUGGCGUAAUAUUAAUAGAUUAACGCGUUAUAAACGAUUUAUUGGGAAAUAGUUCUGAUUCAUUCUUUUCUCCAUCCGAUAAGGAUAUGUAUACCGAUUUGGAUUCGUGCUAAAUGCAAAAACUGUAAUGCUUAGUGAACGUUUAAAAGUCAUGUGUUGAUAGUGUAAGGUAUAUCAUGAACACUAUUCACUUUUUAACUAGACAUUUCUAUCACUAUCACAGACCUUUUUGACUGGUUGAAAGAACCAUUUACCGAUAGUAACGUGUAUUGUACCACUUUGAAGUAAUUCUGGUUUAACAGUGACUUUUCAAGUUGAUAUUAAAUAUAAACGUCAUUGUGUCCCUGUUAGUAGACGAGUCUCUGUAUGCGGAUACACGAUCACCUAGAAACAAAUGUUUCCCACAAGUAUGUAAUGCGUAUUUAUUAACGUAAAAUGACGCUUUGUCUUAUCUAGCGAAUAUUGCAUGUUGGCAAAGCAAACAUUGCUAUUCCUCAUUUUCUAGUCUGUUGUAUAUGGUUGUAUCAAACGAUUAAAUUCAUUCCUGUGAUAUAUGAGCUAACUUCUGUGAUACAGGAUAUUAAUAGAUCAGCUUCUUUGUUUCCUGUCUCUAAUAUUGAAUUUUUAUUUUAGGGAGAAAUGUACAUAUCUAUCAGAUGUUUGUUGUGAGAGAAAUUAGUUUUUCUUAUUUUUUUCUGUUUCUAUAUUAAUUAGUAUUAUUUUUCACAAAAGUAUUUCACAUACAUUAACAAAUAUGACACAUUCACUCACUCUCUUAUUUAAACCUGCACUUCAAGUCAUCAUCAUCAUCACCACCACCACCACCACCACCACCACCACAACCAACACAUUGUUAUUAGAAACUUGUUUUCCUGAUAAUGUUAGCAUGAUGAAUUAUGACAGGGUAUACUAUUAUAUUACUAUAGGGAUUUUGUACUGUUUCAUUGACUUGACGUAUACGGAGUGUGAUUGUAUGAAAGAAUGAACUUUUUUAAUAAACUUG